AUGGAGCAGAGGCGGCCCGGGAUGCGCCCCCGGCUCCGGGGCAGCCCCGGCUCCCUCCGCAGCCCGGGCCCGGCUGCCGGAGCGCCCUCUCGUGGCAGCGAGCGGGGCGGAGGCGGCUCCCGGCCGUGUCCCCGGUGCCGCCCGGGCGGGCGCGGGGCUGUGCCUGGCCCUGCCGCAGCACACCCGGGGACACAGGCUGCGGGGGCGCUCGCUGCUGGGCUAAAAUACGCAGCUAUUGACCUUCCUACCGAUGAAAAGUUCAGUCGUUACCUAGAACAGUACAGAGUACCUUCCCUUUUGAAAACUAGCGAUUCUAAGCGUAUUGAGCGCAGCAUUUUCCAUUCUCUGCCCUUUUGGGAAUAUGGUCUCGGUGGAUGGGCUGGUGGCAGCAGCGGGGACUUCGCUGGGAGACGCUUUGGCUCCUUGGAUGGGACGAGCCCUCAUUAUGUGUAUUUUGGUGAUGGGAUGACAAUGGAGGUGUGGGAGAUGGCUCUGAGUCACCCUCGGAGCCCCGGCGGGGGCCGGACCCAGUGGGUGGGGGUCGCUAAGGGCCGGGGUGGAGAGCUAUUAAGGCACGGAGCAGCUAGUGUCCUUCGUUCCACCGCCCGCAGACCUCGGCCAGCAUGGAACUCGCCAGCCUCCCCUCCGCUAGCCUGGUCCCCUCCAGCCUCCCCUCCGCCAGCCUGGCCACCAGACCCGGACCCGCCGGUGAGCCGCCCCGGGCGGGCUGGAGCCGGGGGCCUUGGUGGCGGUGUUGGUGGCAGUCUUGAUGGUGGCUAUAUUGGUGGCGGUGUUGGUGGCAGUGUUGGUGGUGGCUGUACUGGUGGUGGCUGUAUUGGUGGCGGUGCUGGCGUUGGCGGCGUUGGGGCAGGAGGAUGCUGGCCGGCCCCGCUGACCGCCGCUCGCCGUUCUCUCCCCGCAGGCGAGCCCCGGGAGCUCCCCGCCGGCCCCAGCUCGGGCCGGGAGGGCGGCCGGCGCAAGCGAACCACCUUCAGCAAGGCGCAGCUGGAGCUGCUGGUCCGCGCCUUCGAGAAGGAGCCGUACCCCGGCAUCGCCCUGCGGGAGCAGCUCUCCGGCCUCACCGAGAUCCCCGAGUCACGGAUCCAGGUGUGGUUCCAGAACAGGAGAGCCCGGCAGCUCAACCACAAGAAGAGCGAAGCCGCCGCUUGCGCCAGGCCGGGCAAGCCGAAGGCUCCCCGGUGCGCUGGCCAGGAGCGGCCCCCGGCGCAGCAGGGCCCGGGGACAGAGCGGAGCCUCCUCUGCCCGCAGCCAGGCCUGCCGGGAGGGAGCCAGAGCUUCUGCGGUCAGCCCCCGUCCUGCUCGGGGCAGCUGUACUCAAGGCGCGACAUGCAUUUCAGGAGCUUGGACAACACUUUCGGAGCGCUGGGUCAGACCCCAGCUGACUUCGGUUUGGACUGUUCGGGAACGGGGGUCCCACUAGGUGCGGGAAGCGUGGGGAGUGUCCCUCCGUUCUCGCUCCCUGUGCAGCAGACACAGGAGUAUCUGCACCUGAAGAAGUCCUUUCCUGAAAACUUCUACUCAGACGCAGAUGUUUUCCAGCCUUGUACAGAUCACCAAUACCCAGCAGCUAAAGAGAAUAUGUACAGGAAGCCUGUCUUAAACUACUUAAAUGCUAACCAGGGCCUGGGUGUUGAGAACGGUUUGUAUGCCAAGUCAGGCACUUCUCCCUUUGGGAUGGGCUCCACUUUCAGUUAUGAUGGGGGGGAACAUAAGUUUGAGCCCGAGCAGAUGAGGCAGAGUUCACCUCUGCUUGCGGCUAGUAAUGCUAGUCCUCCUUUGGUGCUUCCAAAACAUGAAGGGGGGUAUCAAAGGACACUUGCCACUCCAGCCCCGUUGUAUGGGCAGCAGCUGCUGGAGACAGUAAAUGACUCUGACCCUUAUUGGCUGGGCAUGCGAAAUGAAAUUUUGGGAACAGGUUUAGAUUUGCUGUUUGAGAAUGAGCAAAAUGCAGAGCAAGGUCAGACAAAAAAUUACCUUUCUGCUUUUGGUGGCCAGAAUUUGGUCUAUCAUUUGGGUCAGACAUGAGCUGGCAGUGGGUCAACUUGCCAGAUGGAAAAUGAAUGUGAUUUUUUUUUCCUAGUUGGCAGUGUUGUCUGAAGUAGCUCGAGGUUUUGCAGGUCCAAGUGCACAGUGCUUGCCCUGAAUUUUGUGCCGUUUGGAAGGGAAAAAGAAAGAUAAGCCAUGUUAGCAAGGGCUACCUGCUGAAUCUAAGCUGCCUCCCCACCCCAAGCGAUCUUUCACCAGCUGCUUGCAGUAUUCCUGCACAUGUUUGGUUAUGGGCAGCCUAACUUUAACCUGCAUGCACAGACAUAUCUUCACAAGCAUGUCAGUACUGAAGAGUUCUCUGUGUUCAGAUUGUGCUGGAUUGAUUCUGCCAGGCAGCUUAGCACUGUGGAUUGCUUCUGUGGCCUUAUGGCAAUGAGUUUUCUUUCUAUUCUGGUCAUAAUUUGCUUAUUUUAACUUAAGGAAACUUAGAUAACAGAUUUAUAGCUUUUAGUUGAGAAAGCAUUAACACAAGAGGGCACAAGCAUGGGAAAAGCAACCUUGGUGGUGGCAGGGGACAUCUCACUGGGUGUGUUUGUAUUUUAGGUAUGUGCCUGAUAAGGAACACUAAUGGUCUUUUCCUGGGUACUUCAUAUAUAAUGUUUUCAUUUAAAAAUGACCACAGCCUUUUAAAAGCCAAUGCUUUUGUGAUUUUCCUUUGUAUAAUUUGUUUGCAAUUUUUUUUUUAGUUUUAGUUUUCUAUUUGCAAAAUUAAGGUUUUCUAUCUUCAUGAAAUUGUAGAAUUGCACUCAGAGGAAAAAAAAUGUGUUUCAUCUUUGCAUUUGCACAUUGAGCCUAUUUUUAGAAUUCUGAAGAUCCAUGGUCGUGCAGAACACCACAGAAAUCAUAGAAGUGUUCUCCAUGUGUAUCUCUGGAGAACUGCCAUGGAUGUGUGUUAAAGCAAUAUUAAGUCUAGGAUGCUGAAAACUCCACAUGUAAUUUUUUUUUUUUUUUGUGUUUAAAAUGUGGCUCUGGAAUACUUCUAAGUAUGCUUAGAUUACAAUACAUUUGUUAUUAACUUAAUUAUUUUGUUUCUAGAACAAGAGAAACAAUGAGAAUUAAACUUAAUCACAAACCAUUAUUUUAUUAAUAAAAUUGAUAUCCCUGAAGAAACUGUCUAUGGAGGUGUGUACACAACAAGUCCAGAAAAUUAGUCCUGACUUUUGUCAGUAAUUUUGAGUUGUGGAUGUAACUUUUCUGCCUUGAUGUAAAGGAUUGGAACAAACUCAUGUAUUACAGAACAGCUACAUGGCUUCAGAAUGAGAAGCCUAGCUGCUAGGCACUUUGAACACAAGUUGUAUUUG